UUCAUCAGACAUCUCUCUUUUUGUAAUGAAAGUAAAACAAUUACGCCAGAAUUAUGAACUUUUUCAUAUUGUGGCUACCAUUUGUGCUUAAUCGAGUUAACAAGUAAAUUAAUUCUAAAAUGAAUAUCUGGACAAGUUGGAAUAAAAUAUGGCUUUAAUUAGGUGGAUAAACUAGCAACAAAAGCGAGGUUAUCAAUGAUAAUCAAAGUCACUUUUGAUUUAAAUUGAGAAAUCAAAGGUUCAACUUCUUUUCUACCUGAAAACAAUUUCUCUCAAAGUGUAAUACUUUACUAUGUAUCUACCGGCGAUUUUUCUAGCUUUAUCAGCCUUUUUCAUUGAAUUAGGGUUGAACGGACCGAUUACAGUUUUAAGUGGUGUACUUUUAACGGAAUCUCUUCUCCGGGAAAAUGAAUGUACAAUGUCCGAUGGAAGACCUGGAAGCUGCAAAAUCCUUUCAAUUGAGAAAUGUUCAACAUUAAAAGUUAAUGAACCGUUGAAGAAAUGUAACAAAAACAAUUUACCGUUCUCAUUUAACCCAGUUUGCUGUCCUUUCAGUAGUAAGCCAGGAGUCCUCCCAACAUCACCUAAUAAAGGUUGCGGAAACCAGCCAAGUAUUAAAGCGAUUGUUGGUGGUCAAGUUGUUAAUCCUCGUAAUAAGUAUCCAUGGAUGGUUGGCUUAAUGUCAAAAUCAUAUAAUCGAUUCCGCUUGAUUUGUGGUGGUGCCCUGAUUAAUGAGAAAUUUGUACUAACAGCCGCUCAUUGCGUUACACGAACGUCAGGAAAAGUCAAGCCUACUGAAUUACGAGUAAAAUUGGGAUCAUUUGAUAUCAAUGAAUCGGGUAGUUUACUUGAAAUUGAAGCUGUCUAUCCACAUGAAGAGUACAAAUUCUGGCUUGCCUAUCAUGACAUUGCCUUGAUUAAAUUGAAAAAACCUGUUAAAAUGGACGACGUUCUAGAGCCAAUUUGUUUACCUCCAUUCGAUACUAAGAAAAAACUCGAUACCAAAGAAAUGGUUGGCUCACCAGUUACCGUUGCUGGCUGGGGAACAACAUCUUAUGAAGGAUCGACAUCAAAGUUAUUAAGAGAAGUAACUGUAACUAUUCAAGAUCGAGACGAAUGUAGCCGUAAUUAUACUAAAAUGGACGGAGCUAAAUCCGUUUUACCUGAUGGAGUAAAUGAAGGUUUUCUUUGUGCCAGUGAAGAAGGCAAAGACUCUUGCCAGGGUGAUUCUGGUGGACCUUUAAUGUAUACUGAUCCAAAAACUGGUCUAGUUAGCCAAAUUGGUGUCGUUUCAUUUGGUUACAAAUGUGCUGAAUCAGGUUUUCCUGGAGUUUACACCAAUGUCGCUCAUUAUUUGAAAUGGAUUGGAAGCCAUAUUGAAGAUUAUAAUGUUUGAACUAGUAAAAUAAAGUUCAAAUAGAUAACAAUAAUAAUUUCUAAUUAAAGUAA